CAGCUCCGACCCGGUUUCCUGCGCGCGCUGCCACGUUAGUAUCGCAGGCAGGAGUUGAAGUCCCGCAGCAGCAGCAGCAGCAGCAACCAGAGAUCUUCAGGUGGAGAUUGAAACAGGGGUUCAAAACUCUUAGACAUACCAGAAGGAGAUCGUGAUGAUGAUGAUGAUUAAGAAGUCGGUGGUGGUCCGGUGCGCACUUGCGCUCGCUCUCGUGGUCACGGCCGCGGCUCACAUCACGGAGGAGGAGGACGUGCUCGUGCUCACCAAGAGCAACUUCGACGAGGCGCUGCAAGCUCACCCCAACAUCCUGGUCGAGUUCUAUGCACCAUGGUGCGGUCACUGCAAGGCUCUCGUUCCCGAAUAUGCCAAAGCAGCAGGACUCCUGAAAGGCGAGGGUUCGAACAUCCGCCUGGCCAAAGUGGACGCUACAGAGGAGACGGAGCUGGCGCAGGAGUUCGGGGUGCGCGGUUACCCCACCAUCAAAUUCUUCAAGGGUGGAGACAAGACCACGCCCAAAGAGUACACAGCUGGGCGUCAGGCUGAUGACAUCGUGAACUGGUUGAAGAAGAAGACUGGACCGGCCGCCACCACCCUCACUGAGGUCACGCAGGCAGAGUCUCUCAUCGCCGACAACGAGGUCGCGGUUGUCGGUUUCUUUAAGGAUGUGGAGUCUGAAGGUGCCAAGACCUUCAUCAAAGCAGCAGAGGCCAUUGAUGACAUUCCUUUCGGCAUCACCUCCGAUGACGCCGUGUUCUCCAAAUUUGAGGUCACAAAGGACGGCGUGGUGCUCUUCAAGAAGUUUGACGAAGGCCGUAACACCUUCGAUGGCGAGCUCACCAAAGAGAACCUCCUGAGCUUCAUCAGGGCCAAUCAGCUCCCACUGGUCAUAGAGUUCACCGAGCAGACGGCCCCCAAAAUAUUCGGAGGAGACAUCAAGUCCCACAUCCUGCUGUUCGUGCCUAAAGCCAACAAAGACUUCCAGGAGAAGCUGGACCAGUUUAAAAAAGCAGCCGAGGGCUUCAAGGGCAAGAUCCUGUUCAUCUUCAUCGACAGCGAGGUGGAGGAUAACCAGCGAAUCCUGGAAUUCUUCGGCCUGAAGAAGGACGAGUGUCCCGCCCUGCGCCUCAUCACCCUGGAGGACGAGAUGACCAAAUACAAACCCGCAUCUUCAGAGAUCACCACAGAGAACAUCGUCACCUUCUGCACAGCGUUCGUCGAGGGCAAACUCAGGCCUCACCUUAUGAGCCAGGACAUUCCUGAAGACUGGGACAAGAACCCGGUCAAAGUCCUGGUGGGCAAGAACUUCGAAGAAGUUGUUUUUGAUGCCUCCAAGAACGUCUUUGUGGAAUUCUAUGCUCCUUGGUGCGGUCACUGCAAACAGCUCGCUCCGAUCUGGGAUCAGCUGGGAGAGAAAUUCAAGGACCACACAGACAUCGUGGUGGCCAAGAUGGACUCCACAGCCAAUGAGAUCGAGGCCGUUAAAGUCCACAGCUUCCCCACACUCAAGUUCUUCCCAGCAGGAGAAGAUCACAAGAUCAUCGACUACAGCGGAGAGAGAACGUUGGAGGGCUUUUCAAAGUUCCUGGAGAGUGGAGGAAAGGAAGGUGGAGCACCAGCAGAAGAGGAUGAUGAUGAUGAGGUCGAUGAUCUGGACCUUGAGGACACAGAGGAUGGCGAUUCAGACACAGAAGAACACGAUGAGUUAUAAGGACAGGAGCGACAGAGAGAGCGAGAGAGGAGAGACGAAACCCUUCACCAACCACCGCUUCCACUACUCCAGGCCCCUCCCUGUCCCAGGAACCCUCAAACUUCUCCCAAACAUCAUGUCAUAUAGACUUUUUUACACCACGACCGAUGACCUCGAAGAAGUAACACUGUUUAACAAAAAAAAACACAAAAAAGCGAUUCUCUUAUCGGAGACCAAACUGUUUGUUGAACCCAGGUUCAUUGUUGGCAUUAAAAUGCUCAUUUCUCCUGUUUAAUUAGCGUCUCGAUGGGUCCGGAGAUCCGCAAGGCUCGGGAUUAGGACACUUUUUUUUUUUUUCUCUCUUUUUCACCAAAUUUUGGAAGGUUCAUAAGAGUUUAGUGGCUGGGAUGGAACAAAUCAAUCUCAGGGCAUCGGUGCGAUACAACAACAAAAAAUUAGUAACAUUCUCACUUAAUUCAGAUCCAAGAUGUAGCUGAGACCAAGCUUCCUUUUUUUUUUUUUUUUUUUUUUAAACUUCUUCCCCCUCCUCCAUUACCAUUAAUACGUAGCUACUGAUAUUUUUUUUAAACAAUAUAAAAGUUAUCUAUUUGUUGUAUUUAAUUCUAUUUUUCCAGUUUUUAUUUGUGUAGUUGUCAGAGGGUCCGGUGACCCUCAGGUUGCGAGGGGGAGGUGAUUCUGUACCACUACAUUUUACGCCAGCAGAGAUUUCUAAGAUUUCAGGUCGGUUACUGAAAGGCAUUUUUUCCCCCAGAAAUGUUUCCGUCUUUCGCUCUACGUCUCGUCUCGGUCGUGCAGGUAAACAAAGGGAUGGUGUACAACAGGAUAACAGCAGAGUGUUCUGGGUCAUAAACGUGCCGUCGUAUCCCCCGACUGUCUGUCGCUGUUGUUCGCGGUCGAUGUUUAAUGGGGAACGAUUUGGGUUUAGAAAGGGGAGGGGCUUGUGUAAUGGUAAAUUUUUUUUUUUUUACUAUAAUUAUUAUUGUAAGGUGUAAAGAUGUAAAGAGCGAAAGGAGUGAAUGAGUUCCAAGCAUUCCAUCACACUUUGAAAAGAAAAAGAAAAGAAAAAAAAAAAAAGAAAAAGGAAAAAAAUGUGGAUAAAUAAACUGGUGGCCAAAUAAACAACAAAUGGUGACAAA